AUUGAGCGCCCAACCUACACUAACCUUAACCGCCUUAUUAGCCAGAUUGUGUCCUCCAUCACUGCAUCCCUCAGGUUUGAUGGAGCCCUGAAUGUUGAUCUGACUGAAUUCCAGACCAACCUGGUGCCCUAUCCCCGCAUCCACUUCCCUCUGGCCACAUAUGCCCCUGUCAUCUCUGCUGAGAAAGCCUACCAUGAGCAGCUUUCUGUAGCAGAAAUCACCAAUGCGUGCUUUGAGCCAGCCAACCAGAUGGUGAAAUGUGACCCUCGCCAUGGUAAAUACAUGGCUUGCUGCCUGUUGUACCGUGGUGACGUGGUCCCCAAAGAUGUCAAUGCUGCCAUUGCCACCAUCAAGACCAAGCGCAGCAUCCAGUUUGUGGACUGGUGCCCCACUGGCUUCAAAAUUGGCAUUAACUACCAGCCUCCCACUGUGGUCCCUGGUGGAGACCUGGCCAAAGUACAGCGAGCUGUGUGCAUGCUGAGCAACACCACAGCUAUUGCUGAGGCCUGGGCUCGCCUGGACCACAAGUUUGACCUGAUGUAUGCCAAGCGUGCCUUUGUCCACUGGUACGUGGGUGAGGGCAUGGAGGAAGGAGAGUUUUCUGAGGCCCGUGAGGACAUGGCUGCCCUUGAGAAGGAUUAUGGGGAGGUUGGAGCAGAUAGUAUUGAGGGAGAGGAUGAAGGUGAGGAGUACUAACCUGUCAGCUGCGAUGUUACACUCCAGUGUCUUGGGAUUGUCUUAUUUCUGUUGUUCUGUGAAGUCUGUUGUGUCCUAAACUUUGCAAUAAAGUGGUUUUCAUUUUGAAUGUCAAAAAAAA